CCUCGGCCUGGGCGGGGUGUGGGUUCCAGCCGCGUUCUGGGGACCUUCGCCUGUGAUACAGCUUCGCAGCCAUGGCAGAACCGCAGCCCGCGUCCGGCGGCCUUACCGAGCAGGCUGCCCUCGGUUGCUGCUCGGACCCGGACCCCAGCACCAAGGAUUUUCUGUUGCAGCAGACCAUGCUGCGAAUUAAGGAUCCUAAGAAGUCUUUGGAUUUUUAUACUAGAGUUCUUGGAAUGACGCUACUCCAAAAAUUAGAUUUUCCCACUAUGAAAUUUUCACUCUAUUUCUUGGCUUAUGAGGAUAAAAAUGACAUCCCAAAAGAUAAAGAUGAAAAAGUAGCAUGGGUGUUUUCCAGGAAAGCUACGCUUGAACUGACACACAACUGGGGCACUGAGGAUGACGAGACCCAGAGCUACCACAGUGGCAACUCAGACCCUCGAGGAUUUGGUCACAUUGGAAUUGCUGUUCCUGACGUACACGGUGCUUGCAAAAGAUUUGAAGAACUGGGCGUCAAGUUUGUGAAGAAACCUGAUGAUGGUAAAAUGAAAGGCCUGGCAUUUAUUCAAGAUCCUGAUGGCUACUGGAUUGAAAUUUUGAAUCCUAACAAAAUGAUAACUAUUAUUUAGUUCUGUGAGAACGCUACUUUGAGAUUUCAGUGAAGACACUGUGGGGGGUAAAAAAGGGAACCAGUGAGAUUGGAGAUUUUCAGAUAACAGAGGCCUGGAGGACUGGUGGCCUGAUGGUUCACUGUCCCCAUUCACAUUUUUCUUAAGUCCAUUUCCCUUCCGGUUUCAGCUGUUUUUCCCCUACCUGUUCAGUCACUAGUUUUGAAGUAGAGCUUUGUCUUGUGUCCUUGAGUGUGGUUGUAUAACAUUCGUUAUUUAGGUAAUAAUUAGGACAGUUCCCUUCAGAGGCUGCAUUUGCCUUCCCCCUCCCAGCUAUGGCUUCUCUACAAGUCUGCCUUUGAAUCAUCAUUUUAAAAAAAAAAAGAAAAAAACAUUUAAAGUGUUUUUGUUGUGGUUACCUUCUGGGGUUUCAGUUCCUCAGAAAUAACGUUUCACAGUGGAGAGUAAAGAACACUGAACAAAAAUGAAGCUUUAUGUGCACUUCACAUAGUAUAAAGUGUUUAUUUUACAAAAGAGAGGGCUCUGUCGGGAGCGGUUCAGAAUCAUGCCGAGGAGGAUGCGGACGGAAAAGCUAAUUCCUUCUUGUGUAUAAAAUGCUUUCAAAGUUUAAGGACUAACCUCUUUAUUUUGGGCCAGGGGUGCAGACACGGGAUCAGGCUGUCACAUGCCUCAUGUUUAACCCCCCGCCUUCCUGUGCAGGAAAACAGGCUGGACUAUAAAAUAACUAACGAGCGGAAGGCAAUACAAGGGCUCAGGAACUCACGGUCCCGUCGUCAUUUGCAGCAUUUAGGUCGAAACUCAUAAAUCGUGCCUCCCAGCGCCCACCCGCCCGGCUCGGUCCUAAAGCCUUCAGCGAGGUGGCACUGGCCUCUCCGCCCUUGGCCUGGGGCUCUGUGUGCCCGGUGCUUGCUACUUGGGAAGAGCCCCUACCCCAGGUCUUCCAGAGGCGGCAGUCAUUUAGGAUGGAUUAUGACCAGUGAACCCAGAAAUCAGCUCAGUGGUCUUCCCUGCCGUGAUUGACAUUUGAUGGCUUUAAACCAAACUGAUUCUGAAAAUCUCCCAAGGCCCAGAGAGGAAGAGCAUCGGGUUGGUGGUUCUCUGUAGACUGCAGUGGAGGGUCUUUGGGUCGGGUGGGCCAUGCCAGCCGUGCUCCCGCUGCAAGAAGCACUUGACAUUUCCUUUUUGGAUGGAAUGGAUUUAUGUGAGCAACUUAAGUAGCAAUACUUACAGACUGAAAUAAAAUAAAUAUUUAAAUGAGA